AGGAGGAGGAGGAGAGGAGGAAGAAGAAGGAGGAGGAGGAUGGCUGCGGAUAUCCCUUCUUACACAUGACCCACAUCUCUUCCUGAGGACACGUUUCACACCGAGGACACUUCUUCUGUCUGUCUCAACAUGUCCGCGUCCGCGAUCUUCAUCCUGGACCUGAAGGGGAAGGUGCUGAUCGGCCGUAACUACAAGGGGAACAUGGACAUGAACGAGAUCGACCACUUCAUGCCCAUCCUGAUGAAGAGGGAGGAAGAGGAGGAGAUGACGCCGCUGGUCUGCCACGGCUCCACACACUUCCUGUGGCUCAAACACAGCAACCUUUACCUGGUGGCGAUGACCAAGAAGAACGCCAACGCUGCCCUUGUUUACACCUUUCUUUAUAAAAUAAUCCAGGUAUUUAAGGAGUACUUUAAGGAGCUGGAGGAGGAGAGCAUUCGGGACAACUUUGUGACGGUGUACGAGCUGAUGGACGAAGUGAUGGACUUCGGUUUCCCUCAGACGACCGACAGCAAGAUCCUGCAAGAGUACAUCACCCAGCAGGGUCACAAAUUAGAGGUCGGCGCUCCUCGACCUCCGGCCACCGUCACCAACGCCGUGUCCUGGCGCUCCGAGGGCAUCAAGUACCGGAAGAACGAAGUUUUCAUGGACGUCAUUGAGUCUGUGAAUCUACUGGUGAACGCCAACGGCAGCGUCCUGCGCAGUGAAAUAUUGGGAACCAUAAAGCUGAGAGUGGUCCUGUCGGGGAUGCCUGAACUCCGACUGGGCCUCAAUGACAAAGUGCUGUUUGAAAUCACAGGCAGAGAGAAGAGCAAGACAGUGGAGCUGGAGGACGUGAAGUUUCACCAGUGCGUCCGCUUGUCACGUUUCGAGAACGACCGCACGAUUUCCUUCAUCCCACCUGACGGCGAGAGCGAGCUCAUGUCGUACCGCCUUAACACAACAGUGAAGCCUCUUAUAUGGAUCGAGAGCGUGAUUGAGAAGUACUCUCACAGCCGUGUGGAGAUCAAGGUGAAGGCUCGGAGUCAGUUUAAGAGUCGCUCCACUGCCAACAACGUGUCCAUCAUGGUGCCGGUGCCCAGCGAUGCCGACUCGCCCAAGUUCAAGACCAGCACGGGCAGCGCCAAGUGGGUCCCGGAGAAGAGCGUGGUGCAGUGGAACAUCAAGUCCUUCUCGGGUGGUAAGGAGUACUUGAUGCGGGCCCACUUUGGUCUCCCCAGUGUGGAGAGUGAGGAGCUGGAGGGAAAGAGACCGAUCACUGUUAACUUUGAGAUCCCUUAUUUCACCGUGUCUGGAAUUCAGGUGCGAUACCUGAAGAUCAUAGAGAAGAGCGGUUACCAGGCGUUACCGUGGGUACGCUACAUUACACAAAGUGGAGAUUACCAGCUCCGGACAAACUAAAGGGCACAGAUGCUGCUAGACGAAUGGAUCUCCUCCUCUCCACUCCCCUCUUCCUCUUCCUCUUCCUCUUCCUCUCCUCACGUCCUCUUCUCUUCCUUUUCCUCUUCCUCUCCUCUCCUCUGUUUCUCCACCUCCCCGUCUCUACUGAACAGCAGAGGACAAGUGCAGGAGGACAUUUCACCGACUCUGAGUGGAAACAAGGCGUCAUCCCUUCCAGCUUGGAUGGGAAAGGCUGUUGCGUCACCUCUGACCUGUGAUUCAGUUUUUUAAAGGUUCCUCAGGUCUUAAAUAUUUAAAAAAUGUGAAUAAUGAACUGAUAACCUGGUUUCACUGUCUGGUUCUGGCGAGCUCUCGUUUCCCAUGAGGUCAAUUUACUGAAGAAUUUGGGGAAAGAAUGUUUUUUUUAAAUGUAAAAAUACUCACUCAAAUAUAGAAUUGAAUGAAACUUUAUUUAACUUCUCUGCUUUGCCACUGGAACUGAUUAUAUAGCGCCUGGAUUCAGUAACUGUAAUGGAUCAUUGUCAUUUUCCUAAUGGCCGACAUUGCAGAUUUCAAAUUAUUUCAUUAAUUUGUGAAAUCAAAAUUUUUCUUUUCUGUAAAAACAUGUUCAAUGCAGCAUUUUUCCCUCUUCUCCAUCCUUCAGUAUCUUUAAUUAUAAGGGUUUUUAUUUCUUAUAUCUUCUGUCCUUAAUAUCCACCUUCACAUAAACUCGGUCGUUAAUCUUCAUCCCUCACAUUUUGCUGGAACUGCUCUAUUAUACGUUCAUUGCCUUAAAGAAUCGUCGAUGUAUCUUCACCUUAAGCACUGUGAACAUAUUCCCCGGUGCCCGGGAACUAAUACCAGCGACCAGAUCAAUGAUUAAUAAGGCACAAUAUUGUCGGAGGCGUCGGCAGUGUAACAUAAUAUUGCCGACACACUCCCUAAAGGGUCUUUAACCUUGUCCUUGUGAUGGAAAUCCGCUCCCUGCUUUGAGGCGGACACAUUUUUAUUCAUCCUGUUAACUGUUGUCUAUACCGUACUCGGUGGUCUCCUAAGGAAAUUGCAUAGAGGAGCAGGAAAGAGGGGAUCAGGAGGCCACAGAGUACAAAGGUAAAAUAACCCGAGGGGAUUUGUGUCUCUGCAGAAUCUCAGAAUAUUGACAAUAUGUUGAGGUUAUCAGCUUUUUCUUUAUUUUUAUUGUGUGUGUCGACCUUUGCAGGCCAAUACUCUUCUUCUGAGCAGUUUGUGGUAUAUGCCCCCCCCCCAGUAUAUGCGCCUCGGUUCAGCUGCUCUGCCAAAAGCUCCUGAGAGAGUCCCGAGUCACUGCUAUCGAGAACAAAAGCCUUCGAUUAGAAUCAUCCCGCUGUCUCGUGUAAGAGGAUAUGUCAGACACCAAUGUGGAUUUGUAUUAAAUGUGUGAGUUUUCAUUAAUUUAUCGACUGCUGUUUGUCCAUAGGAAAAAAAGGGAUAUAUUUGGAAAUAAACUAUUCUUUUGUAUCUUA